AUGGAAAGCCAGGGAGAAGAUGAAGAAAUUGUUUGCCUGGAUGAAUCUUUCUUCAUCAGCGACAACUACCAAUUGACGAGGUUUACAUUUGGUUCGCACGUUCUUGAACUCUAUUGUCUCCAGUCUGCUUCAACUGAUUUUGAUUUGACGGGGCAGUUGGUAUGGCCUGGAGCGGAGCUUUUGAAUGAUUUUCUCUCUAAAAAUGCCGAUAUGCUUCAUGGCUGUUCUGUUAUCGAGCUUGGCUCCGGUGUCGGCAUAACCGGGAUACUGUGUAGCAGAUUUUGUGAGAAAGUAGUAAUGACAGACCAUAAUGAUGAGGUUCUUAAGAUCUUAAAGAGGAAUAUAGAACUGCACGAUACUUCGCAAAAUCUUGUUUGUUCUGCUGAAUUGAAAGCUGAGAAGCUAGAAUGGGGAAACUCGGAGCAACUUGACUACAUCUUGCAAAGUCAUCCACAAGGAUUUGAUCUUUCGAGUAUUCCUUGGCUCUUUGACUCUGUGAAGAAGCUCAUCCAGUUCAGCCGUGGUAGAAGUUGUCGCUUCAUAUUGGCUUAUGUUUCCAGGGCGAAAAUAAUGGAUAAUAUGGUCUUAAAUGAAGCUACUCGGCUUGGAUUGCGGGAUACUCAAAUUGCUGCAGUUGCUAAAACAAGGAUAAUUAUAAUCGAGAUCUAUCUUAGUGAAGGCCGCUUAUCGGCCCUCAGUAUAAUGGCACUGAGCUAA